AUGGCUGGCCGGGAGGCUUCAAGGAGAUUUUCUGCUAUAUUUAUCUGUUUUCGUGGCCAAGUGUCGCACAUCCUCUUCACGGCGAAUACCAGGUAUGACCCAAAGUUGCCAAGAUCCUGCUUCGACCAUAUCAUUGCCGACUUCAGGGAACUUGCAACGCUUUUGACAAACGCACGCGACAUCAUGGACCAUAACCAACUACACAAUGAUCUUCUCACGCGUCCGCUGAGUACGCGCCUCGUGAGUGCGACGGGAUUGAACAUCGCCGAGAAUAUGUGCGGCAUCACCCUGGGCGAAGCCAUACCUCUGCUCAUCAAGGCUUUGUCUACUGCGUUGGAGCGUAGGCAAAGGUCACUCGUGGCACAAGUGGCAGAGAUGGUAAGAACCGAUUUCAGCCCAUCAUUUGAGUCGGCGUACCAGAUGCAGACUUUUUCCAUGCAGCCAGUACAUUAUGCGGCUUUUCCAACGGAGGCGGACUGGAAUGAUCAUAAAGCAGACUUUCCGAACAUUCUUUCGAUGUUCAAGGAUGCCGUGAGAGAGACGGGCUUGGUGAAGGAUGCGGCGGAAAUGGAGCAUGAUCCUGUUCAGUAA